AGGGGGGACGCCAGAACCCGGGACCACAGCGCGGAAACGGCCCGGGGCUGAGCUGCAGUCAGAUCCGGGGAUGGAGGGAGCCGGAGAAGAGGAGUGAGGAGGCCGGGGAGGCAGGCCCUGCUGCCCUCCUGGAGGCCGCCAGGCCGCUGUGGCAGUGGAGGACCGGGCCGCCCAGACAGGGAAGGGGUCAGGAGGCCGCGCCCGGGCCUCAGCAGGCCCAGACGAGGCCCAGAGGGAGCACCAGGCGCCCUGGAGUUCAGGGCCCAGGCCUUGGCUCGGCUUGUCCAAAGGAGGCCUUGGCCAGGCCUCUGGUGGGGACACUGAGUCACAGGCGGGCCUCAGGGCACGGCCUGGACGCGUGUGAGCCAAGUUAGGGGUAGGGGGCGCAGACCCUUGGGGAGGGGGUCUCCGAGACUAAGGGGGGCAGGGGGCUUCAGGGCCUCCCAGCCCACAGCCGGAUUGGCGAGUGAGACGCUUGUAGAUCCGAGGUUGGAUUGGGGUGGGGUCUCUGGGACGUUGGCUAGCGCCGCAAGGAUUGGGGGGAUUUAAGUGCUUAGAGAUCGAAGGCAGGCCUUGAGGAGUGGGAGUCAGACAAUUGGAAAGCCUAGGUGCUUAUUUGGGGAGGGGUCUCCGCGCUUGGGCGAAGCGCAGGGCUGCGCCCGGCUUGGCUCGAGGCCUUGCCCGGGCAGGGCUCUGUGAAGGGUGGGCCCGCCCCGGCCACGGGCCGCGAGCAAGAAAAGUGAACAAACCAGGAGUGCUAAGUGGGCGGGGGGCCCCUGAGAGGGGGGUCACAAAGGGUGAGACAUGGCCACCAGGCGUUUAACCGACGCUUUCUUGUUGUUGCGGAAUAAUUCCAUCCAAAACCGGCAGCUGUUAGCCGAGCAAGUGAGUAGUCACACCACCUCCAGCCCUCUGCAUUCACGUAGCAUUGCUGCGGAACAGUCAAAAGGGGGAGAUUUCUUAAAUGCCUUGGAGCUGGAUGAGCUUGCCGACGACCGUAUGGCUCUGGUGUCGGGCAUUAGCUUAGAUCCAGAAGCUUCAAUCGGUGUGACAAAGCGGUCACCUCCUAAAUGGGUGGAUGGAGUGGAUGAAAUACAGUACGACGUUGGCCGGAUCAAACAGAAAAUGAAGGAGUUAGCGAGCCUUCACGACCAGCACUUAAACAGACCCACCCUGGACGACAGCAGUGAGCAAGAGCACGCCAUUGAAAUCACCACCCAGGAGAUCACUCAGCUCUUCCACAGGUGCCAGCGCGCCGUGCAGGCUCUGCCCGGCCGGGCCCGCGGCGCCCGCUCUGACCAGGAGGAGCGGCUCCUUCGCAACGUCGUGGCCUCCCUGGCCCAGGCCCUGCAGGAGCUGUCCGCCAGCUUCCGGCGCGCGCAGUCAGGCUACCUCAGACGCAUGAAGAAUCGAGAGGAAAGAUCCCAGCAUUUUUUUGAUACAUCAGUACCACUGAUGGACGAUGGAGACGAUAAUACUCUUUACGACCGGGGUUUUACAGAUGACCAGUUAGUGCUGGUGGAGCAGAACACGCUGAUGGUGGAGGAGAGGGAGCGGGAGAUAAGCCAGAUCGUGCAGUCCAUUUCUGACCUGAAUGAGAUCUUUAGGGACUUGGGAGCGAUGAUCGUGGAGCAGGGCACAGUCCUGGAUAGAAUCGACUAUAACGUUGAGCAGUCCUGCAUCAAAACCGAAGACGGCCUGAAGCAGCUCCACAAGGCAGAGCAGUAUCAGAAGAAGAAUCGGAAGAUGCUUGUGAUUUUAAUAUUAUUUGUCAUCAUCAUUAUCCUCAUUGUUGUCCUGAUCGGCGUGAAGUCUCGCUAGGCGUCUGUGGGGCUGCGUGGGCCGCCCGCGUGGACUCCCAGGCGCCAGGGGCUCGGCCGCCCUGCGGGCACAGCGGAGGCACAGGCCGCGGACCGCGUGGGGGCAGCGAGAGCUUACCUGGACCCUCGUCGUCGCCGUCGUGCUCCAGCCGUGGGAACGAGCUGCUGCUUUUCCUUCAUUGUCAAGAACUUACGGACCUUUGAUAGCGCUGCAGAAUAGAGAUUGAGUUCUGUCAUCGGUUAUAAUAUAUAUUUUUUUUAGAAAGAGAAAAUGAGUUGAAUGUUUACAGGCUCUUCCCACGCUGUUCGAUACUGUACGUGCGUCUGCUAUUUUUUUAGCAGUCCUCUCUGAGCAGCAUGUAAAAAUAAUUUUUGGAAACGUUUUUUAAAAACCAUCUGGUUUUUAAGAAAUUCGGUACCAAAAAUUUAUGAGUAGAGGCAAAAAUGCCUUUUCAUCUCUCUGUAUAUUUUCCAGUUGAAAACAAACUGAGAAGUCCUUUAAGAAUUUAUAAUCCGUUCCCCAUUAACUUAAUUUAGCUUUUCCAUCACUGUUAAUGAUCAGAGUAACAAAGUGUGAAAAAUAAGAAACCAUCAUUGAUGUUAAUUAACACAUUUAGAUGGGCCAGUUAAAACAGCUUCAUAAGUUUAAAUUAAUCGUAAAUGGACUAUUCCUCAUUGCGAGUUCGUGCACUGCAUUUUCUACUGUAAACCAAAAGGGGUUACUAACAGAACCACCUAAAUUUAAAAGUUGGUCAUUUGAACCAACCUCUCACAUGGAAACACGAAAAAGGGAAGCUUGGCAGGGUCGUGAAAGUCACCAGAGUCAGCCAGUGUGCCCGGCCCCGGCCAUCCUUGCUCUAUCCGUCAUUUCUACACCAACCACAUAAUGACCUGUUCAAACCAGACACCAUUUAAUGAACUGUGAAUUUACACAGAGGCCAUUCUAAAUGGGUCACCCCAUUUAGGAUUAGUGGAUCUCAAAUUAUUAACCAAACAUCACUCCAUUUCAAAGUAAAAUAUUCCACCAGGGGUAUGAUUUAUCGGCUCUUCCAUUGCUACUUAACAUGCCCAGAAAGUAAGCACGUUCCUGCAGAUUGUGCAAGUCUUGACUAGAAACUCGCUCACUUGUGUGAGCAUGGACCAGAUCGCCACCGUAGACUUUGCCAUCCUCUUCCCUGUUAUCACUAUGGUGCUCGAAUAUACCCCUGCGACUGUGAGUUACGUGGGGAGUGGUGAUGGCUUUGGAAGCUCACCGUGUUCAUCUUCUAUCCUGUCUUGAGACACCAGUACAGUUCUAAUGGUCUUUGUGUAAUUCUCGAUGGCUUUUCCGUUUUUUACCUCUCCUAAAAAGUUUGAGAGGAGCAUGACCUCAUUAAAUGUUUUGUUUGGAUCGGCCACAUGAAAUAUGUCUUUAGAAUUGACUUUGAAGUUAUUUCCAGAAACUUAAACACAAGUCCAGUAGUUCGGGUUGUCCGGGCAGAUCACGGUCUUCACGCCCGCACCCAUGCCCCAGCCUUCCCUUCUCAAGUUGUUUGCAAACUCCUGGCUGCCACUGGCCUCCCUGUGACCCAUGCGGCUUUAACGACCCAAAGGGGCCCCUGGCAUUUCAGGAAAUCACCUGGUAUUCCCAACAAACCAUCAUUUACUAGGAGAGAAGGUCAGGAAACAGGAAUCCACCACCUUCCUGAUCACCCCUGAAACGUGCGGCUCCCACGUUCUUGAGAAUCGCUGUAGGCAUUUUCCAGUCACAGCGGAUUUUCAUCCGGUGGCCGAGUCAAGAUGUUCCCCUUGACCGGCUGCUCCUAGGAGCGGGGGCCGUUUCAGGUCAGGGGGCUUCCCGCCCCAGCGGUCGACAGUGUCAACAGGCUCAGUGGUCUUAACCUUGAAGGAAAGUGACCCUUUAAGAAAGGAUCGCCAAAAAAAGAAGAAAAAAAGUAUCACCGUUUAUUUAUAUUUAUUUUCAGUUAAUAGGGUGAUUCAGGUUGGGUUUUACCCACCGCCAACCCUUUGGGGUAAAAUAACCGGAUCUAACAGAAGUGGUUGUAGGUCUCAAGUGAGCCGAGAAAGCAGUGCAGUACCAGAGGGGGUCCCAGCUGUCCGCUGCCAUCACCUUGUCCCUUGUCCCGAGGCCGGGAAGCGGUCCCGGGCGUGUGCUCCGCAAAACACUGUAUUUUUCUUUUGAGCGUUUACUUAGGGAAAGAUCAGCAGCCUUGGGGGAUAGAUCAGUCGUGGAGCCCAGGAACCUCAGGGUAAUUCUUUGCUUCUGAAGGACACGGGCUCCUUUUCCCCCAGACGGCCAUUGUCUGCGGGAAGGCCGAGCCAUCCAUCUCUGCUGGGCUCUGGUGGCAAUGAUCGCCAGCCCGGCCUCUCCCCUCGCCCAGGACACGACCGGGGAGGGAGGGCCCGAAGAGCACAGAAAGCGCCCUCUGGGCAGCCCUGGGCUCGGGCCCUGGACACCUGCCCCCUUGACCGUGUCCAGGGCCGGAGAGGAGAUAAGCAAACAUUUACCGUCAGGUCUGCAGAGCUCCUGAUCUUUCCUGAGAUUGUAACUGAAAUCUACUGUCUCUCGUUGUAUUAAUUUGGGGGUGGGGGUGCCAGCUUCGCCAUGGGCGUGAGGCAGUGUAUGUCUCUAAUUUAACGGAUUUACCGCUUUCUCUGCUAAUUGAGAGAGCAUUAUUUAUUUGUUUUGACACGAGUGCUUUCAGUGUUUUAUCCUAGCUAAUGGCUUCUUAAAGGUAAUAAAACCCUUCCAACCUAAUUGGUCAGAUAAGACUUUUUUCCUCGUGUGCUUAAAUAAAGCAAUUAGUGAAGCGCUUCUAUCCAAAAUGACUUUUUUUUUUUGUCCUUUUUUAAAACUAAUUUACUGUUACUGGAAACUUUUUGUACAAUAAAGCAAUCAUGCGGAUUAAA